AUGGUUAAGACCUUGGCCGAGGUUAUGGGCUUUCACUCAGACGUAGAGCUGGUCCAGUACGUGGAAGACAAUGCGGCCACGUUGUACUAUGUCAAGGAAAAGCCAUGCCCUAACACAAGCCUGGAAGAGGAGAACUCUAACAAGAGCUUGGAAAAGAUACAACUUGACAAGAUCCUAGACGAGAUGCAUCUUGACAAAAGCCUAGACAAGGUGCACCCUAACAUGAACCUUCCUGGUGUGGCGGAAGCAGUUAAGUACUGGAAUAACGUUCAUCUGCAUCACAUCCUCCCUCAUCCAACUACAGCGAUUGAGAAGUACUCGAGCGGAACGUACUUCUAUAUCUGGAUGUAUUCCUCACAAGGCAAGGUCGAGUUAGCCCCUUGGGGUAUUUGCUCGGAUGAUCAUGAUACACCAGGUCCAACCUUUGUUCGUCAGGCUCUAACAUGCGGUACUCCCAUGUACACAGAGCUGGUUGUUAAUUGUGGACGCAACCUCAACGCCAAGCAGAAGCUUGCUAUUUUCGAGAUUCGAAACUAUCGUCAAGAUGGCCUCAUUAGCGAGUACAGCUUGCUUCAUAGAAUCAAUUGCACGCUUUCGCAUCUCUGUGGUUUACACUAUCUCAGACAGCAUCUUUCCCCAGAGGACCGUGACGAGAUUCCCAUGAUCCUUGAUUCAGCCCACUACAACUACGAUGAUCCACAGCACUUCAAGCUUUGUGGCUGGGAUUCAUAUUGGGGAUUGUUCAUGCGUGGAGUCGACAGCGAGUACAUUAUCUUCAAGGACCACUUAUGGGGUGCCUUGACUCCCUCUCUUGUCGAGUACACUACUCAUAAAGCCCAAGACCCAUCCAAGAACAACGGCUCUACCAGAUUCCAGAACCUGCCGACCGAGCUCCUCAUUAAGAUCUUCCGAUAUGUCCUCAAGUUUAACGAGACGUUGACUAUCAUCUAUCACCCUGAAGAUCGCUCGUACAAUUUUGUCGUCAUGUUAGACCCAUUGGGUAACGAGUUCUUGAUAGAUCAUCCUCGAAGCCGUCGCCAUGAGGUCAGCAUAUACGAGAACUCCAGGCAUGUUCCAGAGUCCCUAGCCAACUUCCUUGCACUCCUUGGAACAACCAAAAAUAUGCGCACCCACGCCCUAAAGAUCUUCUACAAGGAGAACACGUUCAUCAUGAACGGUGGUGUCGACCUUGAUGGCAUUGAGCACAUGGGUACUCACGUGGAGGACUGGAUGAUGAGCGUUGGACCUAGUGCAUGCGCGCUUCUCCACGGACGUGUCGAGUCUCGUGUCCAUAAACAGGCCAUUCGUGGUAACUACCCGGCGGCUCUGAGUAGGCUUCGUGGCCUUGGCGUUCAUGUCAUCGAGGAGGAUAUUGUAAUAAAUGCGGGAGAUGCUGACGAGGACGAUGCUUGGGCAAGCAGUGACGACGACAUCUGGGCAGUCACUGAUGACGGCACUGAGGAAGACACUGACGACGUCACUGAGUAA